AUGCAAGCUGUGUCGUUCAAUAUUAAACAUGGAAAUGCAUUUUUGCAUGAAUACGCAACUCUAAAAAUUGAAUCUAUUUACGAACAAUCCGACAGACAUUCGUAUCACCAAAGCAUUCCAUCAAUACUCUUCAAGCCUUUCAUUCACGAUUGUGAGGGUUUUUUUUUCAAAGCUAGUUAA